AGGCGCUGAUACGUUGCUUGACCGACCCUUAUAAGCAGCCCACCGCAUCUGGCCGCUUGGCCGCUUGGCACUCCGUCGCGGACAGGAUCGAGAUAUACGCUCACAUACGACAAGCAUGUGUAAGUAGGUGUACGCGCGGAUCUCGCCACUUCAUAGUACUCUGUCUCCCACUUUCUGCGCAAUGAGCGCGCCGUUCCAUCGAGUUGAUGGGGCACUGUUCGUCGAGGGCGUCUCGGCUUCAUCACUAGCCAAGGACCACGGCACGCCGCUGUACGCGUACUCGCGCGCAGCGCUCGAGGCAGCAUACCGCGCAUACGUUGACGCGGGGCCCGUCAAGGUGCACGUUGCCGUCAAGGCCAACAGCAAUAUCGGCGUGCUGGGCCUGUUUGCCAAGCUCGGCGCAGGCUUCGACAUCGUCUCAGGAGGCGAGCUGCGGCGCGUCCUGGCUGCCAAGGGACGGGCACAGGAUGUGGUAUUCAGCGGAGUAGGCAAGACCGUCUCGGAAAUGCGCAUGGCCCUCGAGGCAGGCGUCAAGUGUUUCAACGUCGAAAGCAUCCCCGAACUCGAGCGGCUACACGACGUUGCGGGUCAGAUGGGUGUGACCGCGCCCAUCUCCCUCCGCGUCAACCCAGACGUCGACCCCAGAACACACCCGUACAUUUCCACAGGGUUAAAGGACAACAAGUUCGGCGUCGCGUUCGAGGACGCCCUCACGACGUACCGCGCGGCGGCAGAGAUGGCAAAUCUCCGCGUCGUCGGAAUCGACUGCCACAUCGGCAGCCAAAUCACCACCGUGGACCCCUACCUCGACGCACUGGACAAGGUGCUCGACCUGGUGGACAAGAUCGAGGGUGCUGGGAUCCGGAUACACCACGUCGACAUCGGGGGCGGUCUUGGGAUUGACUACGGGAACGGCGACGUGCCGCCCCACCCGACUGAGUUCGUGCGCACCAUCCUCACGCAUAUUGCAAAGCGGCCCGCGCCCCGCUCACGUGAGGUGUGGCUCGAGCCCGGUCGCUCCCUUAUGGGCAAUGCGGGCAUCCUGCUCACGACCGUGGAGUAUCUCAAGCCCGGGGCGGCCAAGAACUUCUGCAUCGUCGACGCCGGCAUGAACGACCUCGCGAGGCCGUCGAUGUACCAGGCGUACCACGGCAUCGAAGCGGUUGAGCCGCUAAGCGGGGAGUGCAGAACUUGGGAUGUGGUCGGGCCGGUAUGUGAGAGUGGCUGCUGGAUUGGGCGGGACCGCGAGCUCGCCGUGAGUCAGGGCGAUGUCCUGGCGGUGCGCUCAGCAGGGGCGUAUGGAUCCACGAUGGCUUCCAACUACAACACCCGAGCAAGGCCAGCCGAGGUGGUUGUGGAUGGAGAUAAGGUCCAUGUCGUGCGGGAGAGGGAGACGAUAGAGUCACUAUACGCUGGAGAGCACUUGGUAGAGUAGAGUGUGAAGUAGUUACUGCUUUAGAAGGACGUUAUGGUCACAAAAGACCGAGGGAUCAGCAUGGU